AUGCCUCACGAUUUAUCACACUCGUCGGCGAAUUCAGCAUCAUCGUCAGCACUCUCCUAUUCCUACGGUACAUCCCGAUCAACAUCACCGCCAGCAAACAAUCAUAAUCAUUUCCAUAAGAAAGCCGAGCAAAUGGAUAUGUCUGACGACGAUUCCAUCCCCGAUGACGACGAUUCGAAACAACAGAAAAAACUGAAACGUACACUGGAGUCUUCAGUGGCCGCUCCAAAAAAGCAUGCAAUUGUCAAUGCUGAUAUGAUUUUCUAUUGCUUUGAAAUCUUAGGCAAUCACUUAUUCAAUGGCAAACACCACCUAGGCAAACACCAUGUUCCAUCAUCAACUACCAAUGGACAAUUAGUUCCAUCCAUGGUUACUCCUCCUCAAGUUCCAUCAGAACAUUAUCCAUUAUUUGUUUCAUGGUUUAUUGGUGUGGAUAAGCAAUUACGAGGAUGUAUUGGAACAUUUUCACCGAUGGAUUUAGCUCAUGGUCUCCGUGAAUAUGCUUUAACAUCGGCAUUGAACGACAGUCGCUUUUCGCCCAUAUCACGCGACGAAUAUCCGCUGUUAUAUUGUGCCGUCUCAAUUUUGACACAAUUCGAACCAUGUUCGCAUUAUUCCGAUUGGGUCAUUGGUCUUCAUGGUAUACGCAUUGAAUUUUUGAAUGAACGCGGUUCGAGACGAUCAGCAACAUAUUUACCCGAAGUGGCCCACGAGCAAGGUUGGAAUCAUGUUCAAACUCUUGAUUCCCUAUUACGCAAAGGUGGCUAUAAAGCGCCAAUUACCUCGGACAUGCGAAAAAGUGUUCAAGUGACACGUUACCAAAGCGAAAAGUUAACUUUACAUUACAAUGAUUACGUUCAAUAUAAAACGACAUCAUCAGUGACAACGUAUUCAUCCACGAUGACGACAACAACAACAACAACAAUUGUUAAAAACCGUCCAAAAUAG